UGAUUGGUCAGGACGGAUCACAUGACCGCGACGCACCACUAACAACAGCAGCAGCAACUAGAGUGUACGCUCAGCUGGGUUAUUUCCGAACAAACAUGCUUCCCCUUCUAAUGGUGUCAAUCGUUCGUGUCCACCAGUGAAGCGUCUUGGUCGGUGCCGCCACCUCGUCAACAUGUCGACGCCGGUACAGGACGAAAGCUCCAGUCAGCUCAAUAGGUUCGAGAAAUUGUUGUGGAGGCCCGCGAGUCGAGAUUCAGGCUUCAAGACGCGUGCACGCUGGCUCCAGGCUCGACGCAUCUUAUCCCCUGCGUUCCCCAACCUGCGCAUCCCCAACAGGUUUCUGACAGAAGGACCCUGGGUGCCCUCGGCCCGUAGCGGACACCGCUGCGUCGCAGACAGCACCCACCUGUACGUGUUUGGUGGCUACAACCCAGACUUCGAGGAGGCGGGUGGGGUAGAAAAUGAAGACUUUCCUCUCUUCAGGGAGUUAUGGAGGUUUCAUUUCGCCACCUCCACCUGGCACCGCGUUCAGACGGAGGGUUACAUUCCCACGGAGCUCGCUUCCAUGUCAGCUGUCUUCCAUGGUAACAACCUGCUGGUGUUUGGAGGCACCGGUAUUCCCUUCGGUGAAAACAACGGCAACGACGUCCAUGUUUGCAAUGUUAAGUACAAACAAUGGAACUUGCUCUGCUGCAGAGGGACGAAGCCCAACAAGAUCUACGGCCAGGCAAUGGUCAUAAUAAAUGGCUCCCUGUACGUUUUUGGAGGGACGACGGGCUACCAUUACAGCACGGACCUGCACAGGCUGGACCUGACGACCAAAGAAUGGAGCCACCUCAAGCCAAACAACGUCCCCACGGAUCUACCGGAGGAGCGGUACAGACACGAGCUAGCUCAUGAUGGACGGAGGAUAUACAUUCUUGGAGGCGGGACCUCCUGGUCAUCGUAUCGUCUGGACAAGAUUCACGCAUAUAACUUGGAGACAAAUUACUGGGAGGAAAUAGUCACCAAACCCCAUGAAAAACUAGGAUAUCCUGCUGCCCGUCGCUGUCACAGCUGUGUGCAGGUUCAACAUGAGGUGUUUAUAUGUGGUGGCUACGACGGUCAGCUGAUCAUGGACGACCUGUGGAAGCUCAACCUCCGCACGUAUAAGUGGACCAAACUUCCUGCCAUGAUGCCAGAGCCCGCCUACUUCCACUGUGCCGCUGUCACGCCAGCGGGCUGCAUGUACGUCCACGGCGGUGUAGUGAACAUGUCCGGUAAUCGUCGUACGGCCUCGUUGUACAAAGUGUGGCUUGUGGUGCCCAGCCUGCUGGAACUGGCCUGGGAGAUGCUACUGAAGAUGAAGCCUCACCUUGCUCAGCUGUCCACACUGCAGCUACUCGGCCUGGGACUGCCGCACACGUUCAUUCAGCGGCUCAAGUAGGUGGAGCACCGACGUAGGGGCCGCUCCGUAAUUGGACACAGAGGCGAGCGUUGCAUGGUGAACAAUUGUAAAAAAAAAAAAAAAAGGGAUUGCAGUUCUGAAGAUUGCCUUCUGGAUUACAAUCUGUUCUAUUUCCUUUAUCUUUUUGUGAAUGUGUUCUGUUUUAUACAGCUGUGUUAAGAUGAGCUUGUCUGUUUACACUGCACAAGCCAUUUUAAUUUGAUCGACCAUAGUGUCAUUUUAUGGCCUCAAUAACUGGUUUAAAUUCUGCACUCGAAAAAGGGGAUGUCUGAUGCACUGAUGUCUCAUUUUUGUAUAAAACUGUUCCACGCAAUUGUAUAUCGUUUGUAUUUUUGUGUUGAAACAACGAAAUGAAAAAGCGUGGAACUGUGACAAAAGUAGGAAGUUUAGUUUUUUUUUUAAUGCAAUGUGCAGCUGUGAUUAUUUCAAUUGAAAAUGUAAUAUUUUUUUAAUGGCAUCACUGUGACUUUCCUCGUGCCUCUUCUAGGUUUUUUUUUUUUUUUUUUGGAUUAUUUUACACUUGCAGCCUCAGCAAUGUUUUUCUUUUUUUUUUUUUCCUUCUGGUGCCUUUUGAAUGCUCAAAUUGCUCGUGAUGAUCGACUCUGUGCCGGUUGCGUGCAGGUUACACUACUACUACUAAGUUGUUUUAAAUCACUGUGCUGUUUACGAUGUGUUUACUUAUUUUUAAACCAAAUUUUAUUUCCUGAAUGUGUAAUAUAGAACACAUUUAUUCUUUUUUUGUUGUUUUUUUUUACUGAUAAAGUGGUACCAUUUGAAAAGCACAUUUUUUUUUCAAACUUUUGAACAUGUUUAUCUUCGGAAUUAAAAUUUAACUUAGUUUGUUUUCCACUUUCCUACAUUUGUUGAUAUGAAGCCAGUCUGCUUCAGUGUGUUCAAAGUAGGCCUUGCUUGUGUCAGAGAUGUUUCUAUUUAUGACGUUUGUGAUCUCUCCUGCAUGUCACUGUACUGUACACAAAUGUUUACUCAAAGGAGCAUUUCGAUGUAAAUCUUUCUAAUUCCUGUUGUGCAAUAAAACUCGGGCAGACCUUU